CAGACAGAGACAGAGGCAUAGGCAACCGGCAGCAGGCUGCCCCGGGGACCAGCCGCAGCCAAUGAGCUCCACAGUGGCUGCCUCGGCUGUGCCGGUGGCUGUGACGGCCUCCAAGAAGGAGUCUCCAGGCAGAUGGGGCCUGGGAGAGGAUCCCACAGGUGUGGGCCCCUCGCUGCAGUGCCGCGUGUGUGGGGACAGCAGCAGCGGGAAACACUACGGCAUCUACGCCUGCAACGGCUGCAGCGGCUUCUUCAAGAGGAGCGUGCGGCGGAGGCUCAUCUACAGAUGCCAAGUGGGGGCGGGGAUGUGCCCCGUGGAUAAGGCCCACCGCAACCAGUGCCAGGCCUGCCGGCUGAAGAAGUGCUUACAAGCAGGCAUGAACCAAGAUGCUGUGCAGAACGAGCGCCAACCCCGAAGCAUGGCCCAGGUCCACUUGGAUGGGAUGGAAGCGGGCAGCGAUCCCCAGCCAGAGCCCGUGGUGGCGUCCCCUGCCCUGGCAGGGCCGAGUUCCCGGACCCCCACGUCCGCAUCUGCAGCCAGAGCCGUGGGCCACCACUUUAUGGCCAGCCUCAUCACCGCAGAGACCUGUGCUAAGCUGGAGCCGGAGGAUGCUGAAGAGAAUAUUGACGUCACCAGCAACGACCCCGAGUUCCCCGAAUCUCCCUGCAGUCUGGAUGGCAUCCACGAGACAUCAGCUCGCCUACUCUUCAUGGCCGUCAAAUGGGCCAAAAACUUGCCUGUGUUUUCCAACCUGCCCUUCCGGGACCAGGUCAUCUUGCUGGAAGAGGCAUGGAAUGAACUUUUCCUCCUUGGGGCUAUCCAGUGGUCCCUGCCUCUGGACAGCUGCCCCCUGCUGGCACCACCAGAGGCCUCUGGUGGCUCUCAGAGCAGGCUGGCCUUGGCCAGUGCAGAGAUGCGCUUCCUGCAGGAAACCAUAUCCAGGUUCCGUGCGCUGGCGGUAGACCCCACAGAGUUUGCCUGCAUGAAGGCCCUGGUCCUCUUCAAACCUGAGACACGAGGCCUGAAGGAUCCUGAGCAUGUGGAGGCUUUACAGGACCAGUCCCAGGUGAUGCUAAGCCAGCAUAGCAAGGCUCGACACCCCAGCCAGCCCGUUAGGUUCGGGAAGCUGCUCCUCCUGCUCCCGUCGCUCAGGGGCCUCACGGCCGAGCGCAUCGAGCUCCUCUUCUUCCGGAAGACCAUAGGGAACACGCCCAUGGAGAAGCUCCUGUGUGACAUGUUUAAAACCUAGGGGUGGCAAGUGCCCGCAGCCCGGGCAGCCUUCAGCACACACUUCCUGCCUCUCCUUAGCCAGGCCACCUGCAGGCAUUUGUACCUGGCACAGGUUUCUCCCGAAGUCCAUGAUUGGAAUAUUCGUGCCGUCUUCCUCCUAACAUCCCUAACUCUGUUUGGACAGUAGAGCGCACGGGUGUGUUACAGUCAUAGGAAAAACAGCUGGGGUGGAGAAAACUAAACAGGGUGCACGGACAACAUGGAGCCAGUUCAUAAGCUGAACAAGAGUCAGCCAUGGCUGACAUUUACAACGUCGUCAAGACCAGGGCCAGGGUGGGGAAGGACGGAAGGUGGGAAUGAGAAGAGAAAAGAAAAUGAGAAAAACCAAUCCAGAUGAGGCUGGUAGCGGUAAAGCCAGGAGUCACCCUGGGGUGGGAGAGGGAGAAGGCCCUCGCUAGAAAAGCCCUUUAUUGUGAUCUGGAGGAGACACUGAUAGUCAUUAAACAAUGGGCACUUAAAAGCCAUGUGCUUUGCUGUACUUUCUUUGACCUUAGUUAAAAUAAAACCAGAAAACUG